CUUCAAUACCUUUACAGCACUAACAUGCGCAUAUUAUCGUUUUAGCCAACUGCCAAACGCUCGUCUACUAACUCAACCUCAUCCUCCACUCCACGGCUCAAAAUGGAAAGCCAGGCCCUUGCCCACGCUAAACUACACUCAUCCAGUACCCGUUCGACGAGAUUACCCAGAGACCAUAUGCACGCACCAAACCCACUGAAGUCCUCUAUCCAAUUGUCAAAACGGAGCCCUAAAUCUAUCUCAGACGGGCUCCAGAAGGACACAAAAAAGGACCUGUCUCGGAUUCUGCGAACGGACGCUGCUGUAGAAGGCAUUGCGAGGAAAGCGAACUCGAGAAAGUAUAAACAGCUGUGGCCUAAAGCUGUUUUGGAGGCCCUGGAUGAGGCUAUCAGAGAGAAUCAAUGGGAGACUGCUCUCAAGAUUUUUGGAUUGCUUCGUCAGCAACAUUGGUACGAGGCAAGAUGCCAAACAUACACGAAGUUGUUAAUGAUGCUUGGCAAGUGCAGGCAACCUGCGCAGGCCAGCUUGCUUUUUGAGAUCAUGUUGUCUGAAGGGCUUAGACCUACUCUUGACGUCUAUACUGCUCUAGUAAGUUCUUAUGGGCAAUGCGGCCUUCUUGACAAGGCUUUAUCAACUCUUGAGGAUAUGAAAUCAAUCUCUGACUGCAAACCAGAUAUAUACACGUAUUCUAUUCUUAUUAGCUGUUGCACUAAGUUUCAUCGUUUUGAUCUGAUUGGACGGAUUCGUGCAGAGAUGUCAUAUUUGGGGAUUGAAUGCAGCACUGUCACAUACAAUACUAUUAUCAACGGAUACGGUAAGGGGGAAAUGUUUGAACUAAUGGAGGACACACUGACGGAAAUGAUUGAAAGUGAAAGCUGCCUUCCUGAUAUUUUCACGUUAAAUACUUUUGUCAGGGCUUAUGGGAAAUUAGGGCAGAUUGAGAAAAUGGAGGAGUGGUAUAAUGUAUUCCAGUUAAUGGGAAUACAGCCAGACAUGAAGACAUUCAAUAUCCUGAUCAAAUCGUAUGGAAAAGCAGGCAUGUAUGAGAAGAUGAGGUCAGUUAUGUAUUAUAUGGAGAAAAGAUUUUUCUCGCCAACAAUUGUUACUUUUAAUACAGUCAUCGAGGUGUUUGGAAAAGCUGGAAAUAUUGAAACGAUGGAUAUAUACUUCAAGAAAAUGAAGCAUCAAGGAAUCAAGCCGAAUGCUAUUACCUACUGCUCUCUUGUUAGUGCUUACAGUAAAGCUGGACAUAUGGUAAAAGUCGAUUCGAUUUUGAGGCAAGUAGAGAAUUCAGAUGUAAAACUAGAUACUCCUUUUUAUAACUGCAUUAUCAGCGCAUAUGGUCAGACUGGUGAUGUGGAAAGGAUGGGUGAGUUGUUCUUGAAAAUGAAAGAUAGAGGAUGCAAACCGGAUAAUGUCACCUUUGCUACCAUGAUCCAAGCCUACAAUGCAAAAGGCAUGAAUGAGGCUGCUGAAAAAUUGGAGAAAAAGAGGAUUGCAGUUGAAGAGAAAUUUGGCAUGAAUUUGAUUGGAUGGUAGGAUGAUUUAUUGUUUUGGCGAGCAACUAUCACAAAUGCUCAAUGGUGGUCGGAUCUCAGGAUUGAUAAUUGCUUCCUUGUAACCACUGUUAUAGCAGGUCUUAUAGACUUAUUCUAAGCUUCUAGAUUUACUUCCCUCUGUUUUUGGUUAUCUUGUACGUUACACAUAUUUGCAUGCUACUGUAUAUAGUGCCUUAAAGCAAAAUACUUCUGGUAAUUGAAGGAUGCAUACAUCAAAUGGUCCAACAUGGCCCAAAGGACUGGCCAUUUUUUAAAGCGGGUGUCCAAGGUCUGUUUUGCAUAAAGAAGUUGCUCGUAUCUUGAUUGGGAUUUAUUCCUUUAGUUAAUUAUGUAGUGAGACUGAUUUCCAUCUAUUUAGUCUUGUGAAUUUUUUUUUUAUUUUUAUUUAAUCAAUAACUUUACUUUUAUA